UAGAACUGAUAAAAAAUGUCGCCGCUUAAGGAUAUCCUAGCAAGGGAAGCCGAGAGGGAAGCCGAGAGGGAAGCCGAGAGGGAAGCCGAGAGGGAAGCCGAUCUUCUCAGUUCGCCUCCGGCGGACAGUUCCAAGAGGAUGAGAAUCAUUGGGCUGGAAUGGGACGACCCUCGUACUCUUGUAUACAAAUUCAAAACCCGUGAGGUUGGGAGGGUUUUCGUUGAGGGGUAUGACACCAAGCUUCCACAUGAUGAUGUCGAUGGAGCGUUGAGAAAUCACUUCUCAUCAUGUGGAAGGAUCACUGAUAUUCUUAUCCGCGAAACAGAUGAAGGACUAUUAAGCCGUGCAAUCAUUUUUUUCCUGGCAGAAGGCGCAGUAGACAAGGCGUUGCAACUUAGUGGAAGUGACGUUGGAGGAUGGAAGGCCAUUGUUACGCCCUAUCCUUUUCCGAAAUAUCAAGGCCGUUCCAUUACCGUAAAUGUUACUGGGUAUGACAUCUCGCGUAGUGAGAUUGAUUUCAAGAGUGCAAUUCGUCAACAUUUCUCUUCAUGUGGAGAGAUAAGCCACUUCAAAAUUUCCAAGAAGGUUGCUUCAGCUGAAUUUGAUGUUGAUGGAGAAGAUGCGCAAGACAAGGUGAUGGAACUUGAUGAAAGCAUCAUGUGUGGAAGCAAAAUACAUGUUGAUGUUAUUUGUGGGGCAAUAACCACUGUUCACACCAGGCGUCAUCUUUCCCGCAAGAUGAUCUAAGGUGCUUUGGAGGAGCCUUUCUAUCUAUAUGCUGUUUUCUUAACAAGUUUAGGAGCUUUCGACACUUUUUAACUAAUGCACACGAAACAUGGAAGAUAUGAUUCCAGAUAAGUAUGUUUAAAACAAGAAGACCCAAGUAAACGAGUUUUUCUUUUCUAACGCUCAAGACUUAAUAACUUAGAUGCACAUAUUCAGGAAGAAACGGCUUAAUAUUUAACAAUAUAUAAAGUUACAGAACCUUCUAUU